CACAACCGCCUUCUAUCGAUAUCGAUGGCCGCUCAUUAUGCCAAGCCUAGUACCAUACCUCCUCCUCCUUCUUCGUCAGGAUACUUGCGAACUUCCGGAGCAUAUGCGGUCGAAGAUGUUGCGGUGCUACAUCGGGCCCGCAGGCCUCGUAGCCUGCGGGGUUUGUGUACGUCGUUGUAUAAAAAGACACAAGUUAUGCACCACGGAACGGACCAGCUCAACCAACUCUGCUAUCGUAUUCAUUCCCGAGGAACAAGUCCGCGUCCGUGCCACGUAGACAGACCGAGCAAAGGCAGACAUCAUGCAACAGCCCGAACACAACAUCAUCAGAAAUGCCUCGACUCUAUCCAACAUACUCGAUUUCUGUACGCGCAGAGGCCUCCCGUCAUGGCGGUACUUCCUAACACCGCCUACUACUCAACUACGGGAAGCCGAGGAGAUACUGCAGGACAUAGAUGCGUUCCUCCGCAACUUGUCCGACGAAGACAAAGUGAAGGUGGAUGCCAGUAUCGCUGACGUGUCUACGGAGAAUGCCAGUGAUGCCCAAACCCUAAUGAGCAUCCAGCAAAUGCUCUCCAACCUUGACCAGGCUAUGCAACGACGACAACAGCUUUCUGCUACGUGGGCAGCGCACCCCCUCAUGAGAUUUCCUUGGACAGAUCUUUCACGUAGUAUUAGGACACUUGUGAUGGGAUGUGUGGGGCUUAGAGUUGCGGUGAAGACAUCGACUGCUAGAGCUCGUGAGAGAUUCCCCCACGGUGUGCCUCCAGUCCCGGGCCACACAUAUGCCUCUUCACAUCAUUCCGGCAGUCAAGGUCAUUCAAGUUCAUCUCAUCUUGGAAAUCAAACUCAUGCUGCUCAUGCCACAGUAGGCGGUGACCCUACUAGUAAGUUGGCGUCUCGCUUCCAUCGCGUCCUCGACCAAUGCAUCUGCCCUUGCCAACAGCAAUCAAUGUACAUGGCUACCUUCCCCCCUACCAGAGUUCUAGCCAGGUUUUCAACCCUUACGGGUAUGGCCAACAACAAGGCUUCACGACGUCGCCCCCUCCGUCUUAUCAUGCAGGCUUCACGAUGUCACCCCCUCCAUCCUAUCAUGGAGGUUCAGGCUCCUCGGUCCAGUCAGGCUCGCAGGGCUCAUUCGCCACGAACCCUAGCGAUAUCGGGCGCGCGUUGUGACAUCCUCAAUGACAUCGCCGGCCUGUGAAUACAUGCACGGUACGUGCAAAGACUUGUCUCCGUUGCCCUUCUCUGUGAAUCCCGACCUUCGAUACAUCUCAUGUAAACCUCUUACGACUACUGCUAGCAAUUGUCUCUAUGUUGUGAUUGUGAUUGUGUACGAUAGAAUUACGACAGAUACACGCACAGAAAUUAGUCGUCGCCUUGUUUGUUAGGAAAACAGAAAUGUUAUAUCAAUUUUCAGCGCAA